UCCGAGUUGCAUAGUCUGCGGCAACCCUCAGAGCAGUCCUAUCCAAGGUAUAUCCGCGGUCGACAACGAUAUCACCGACGUCAUGUUAGGCAAAGUCGGACCUGCUGUGAUGAAAUGCUCUUGUGCCUUUUUUUUAUCUCCGUCAUGACAAUAGCCACGCUGUUGGCUGCUGACCUCGUCAGCUUUCGGAGAGUUCCAGUUUUCUCUCCUUUUGUCAGAAUCUCCGAGUCUGACAAAGAGAAUAGGCAGAUCGAGGCAAAGCGGAUAGACAAAAUAUGCGGCUCAGGGGAAAAAAAAGUCCUCCGAGCGUGCAUAUCCAAAGGGUGCGUGGACGAACAGCAGCUGCUAUUUUCUAGAACGAUACAUUUGAAGAAUAUAUUCCCAGAACACGGACAUCGACAGGGUUAUUUCUACCCUCUGAGCACCUUCGCUUGUUUUGUCGUGGCUUUUGUCAACACAGGAAUCAAAACCCAAACCAUAAAUGACAUGAGUCUGCUCCUCGACUAGGCAUCGCAAGGCGUUAUCGGCCGCGAAGAAUAGACUCUUACAAGACUCCUCUUUGCAUAUCUCGGGUAAUUCUUUAGAUUGGCCCCGGUCCUCCGAGCUGACCAACUC